UCGAUUGGAGUUACCGAGUCGCAAACGGCGGGCAAUUCAAUUGGCUUUGCAAUCGCUCAGGAAACAUAAUAAUAUAAUAUAAUUUCGCGUGUACUGAUCCACGGGUACGCGAUCAUAGUAGGACCGUCGGAUCGCGAGAGGAAAAGCGAUAAAGAUGAAAUUCGCUGAGCAUUUGGCCGCGCACAUCACUCCCGAGUGGAGAAAACAAUACAUCAGUUAUGAAGAGAUGAAGGAAAUGUUGUACGCUGCCAUCGAACAGGUGCCAGCACCCGAACAAGUGGACCCCGAUUCGCUGUCACGAUAUUAUGCCAAAUUCGACGAAAAGUUUUUCAGUUUUUGCGACAAAGAACUCGCUAAAAUCAACACGUUCUAUUCAGAAAAAUUGGCGGAAGCGACCAGAAAAUUUGCCAACCUCCAGAGUGACCUGAGAGAGGCUCAAGAUGACAAAAUCAAACCUAAAGAUGCCAGUGGUAAUCUGAAGCCGGUAAAACGGAAAAUUCUCCGAAAAAACACCACAACGCGUAAGACCCAAGAACUGAAGUUGGCUUUCAGCGAAUUCUAUCUGAGUUUGAUUCUACUGCAGAACUACCAAAAUUUAAACUACACCGGCUUUCGGAAGAUUAUGAAAAAACACGACAAGUUACUGGGAUCGGAGGGCGGCUCCGGUGGUCGGUGGAGAUCGGAAGUUGUGGAAAACGCCCAUUUCUACUGCAACAAAGACAUCGACCGGCUGAUAAGCGAGACCGAGGCCACCGUCACGCAGGGUCUGGAAGGAGGAGACCGCCAGAGGGCUAUGAAGAGACUGAGAGUACCGCCACUCGGUGAACAGCAAUCACCUUGGAUCACGUUCAAGGUCGGCCUGUUUUCCGGCGCUUUUGUCGUUAUGCUGCUGGCGGUCAUCAUCACUGGCAUCGCUCACAGCAACGAGAACACGGACUGGCGGGUCAUGGUCAGACUGUACCGUGGCCCGCUGCUGUUGGUCAUAUUCCUUUUCCUGAUGGGCAUCAACGUCUACUGUUGGCGUUCGUCGGGUGUCAACCACGUGCUCAUCUUCGAGCUGGACCCCAGGAACCAUCUCACCGAGCAGCACAUCAUGGAGUUGGCCACUGUCUUCGGUCUGGUGUGGGCCGGUUCGGCGCUAAUAUUCCUGUACAGCGAGGCGCUGCACAUACCACCGUACAUAAACCCGCUGAUCCUGGCCGUGCUCAUGAUUGCGUUCCUGUUUAAUCCCACCAAGACGUUACGGCACGACGCCCGAUUCUGGGUGCUGCGCGUGGCGGUACGCAUACUGUUCGCUCCCUUCUUCUAUGUGGGUUUCGCGGACUUUUGGCUGGCUGACCAACUCACUAGCCUGGUGCCAGCGCUGCUGGACUUUCAGUACCUCGUGUGCUUCUAUUUGACCAACGACAAGUGGAUGUCCAAUAAAACAAUCGAUAUAGACGGCAGCAAGUGCGUGGAACGCGUGUGGCUAUUGCGGCCGUUCGUCGCCUGUCUGCCCGCUUGGUUCCGGUUCAUGCAGUGCCUGAGAAGGUACCGGGACUCGCGGGAAGCGUUUCCUCACUUGGCCAACGCCGCCAAGUACGCAACUACCUUCUUCGUGAUAACGUUCUCAUUUCUAAACCUUCAAUACGCAAAGAAUAACCCCGAAGAAGAUCCUAGCGUGUACUUCUACCUGUGGAUAUCAGCAUCCAUAUUCAGCUCGCUGUAUUCUUAUAUAUGGGAUUUAAAAAUGGACUGGGGACUAUUUGACCGGAACGCCGGUGAGAACAGAUUCCUUCGUGAAGAAAUCGUGUAUUCGUCGACGGCAUUUUACUACAUCGCGAUCGUCGAAGAUUUUGUCUUACGUUUCGGUUGGGCGCUGUCAAUGUCUCUAACCGAAAUGGGCUAUGUUCAUGGUGACUUAAUGGUAUCCAUUCUGUCGCCUCUCGAAGUAAUGAGAAGAUUCGUUUGGAAUUUCUUCCGGCUGGAGAACGAACACCUGAACAACUGCGGCCGGUUCCGAGCCGUCAGGGAUAUUUCAGUGGCGCCCAUCGACAGCUCAGACCAGACUCACAUCCUGCGGCUGAUGGACGAACCGCUGACACCGCAUGAUCUGAACAGGAACCGCAGGAACAAGAUUACCGGCGGCGGUGGCAUCGGCAAGAAGAUACCGAACCUCACGUUCCAGCCCAGCCGGUCGGUAGACGAACAGGCGUCGCUCAUAUUGGCCAGCUUGGGCACACGCUGAUCUGCUGCACGAACCGCCGACGCGGUUUAGGGCCACCCCCCCUGAAAAAAAUCUAGAAACAAAAUAAAUGUCGUGCACAAAUGUA